CUCUCUCCUUCACAAUCGAGAAUGCUGAGCUUGGGCCUUGUAGACGUGGGAAUUAAAGAACGAGCUCAAGUGAAACAACAAUUCCAGCCUGCCCUCUCCUCGUUCCCCAUCAAGAACCCCGUCCCUCUCCUCGUCCACAGGACCAUGGCUCUUUAUAACUCGUCCUCAUCCUCGUUGUCCUCCACCUCGCAGUUCAGCUCUCCCACAGCUUCCCCCAGAGACUCCACCACAACGAUGACUCGAUCACCAUCAGCCGAGCCGAGCAAGCCCACCAAGCGGAAGGGCACCCGCAGCGUCUCGACCCUGACGCCGUCGCAGCUGGCCAGGAAGCGGGCCAACGAUAGGGAGGCGCAGAGGGCGAUCCGGGCCAGGACCAAAGAGCACAUCGAGCGCCUCGAGCGCGAGGUCGAGGAACUCAAGAGCAAGCAGAACCGCGACGAAACCCUCCAGGAGCUCAUCCGGAAAAACAAGGCGCUCGAGAAGGAGCUGAUGCGCCUGCGCGAGAGUUACGGAAUUCCCACAUCCCACCCCUAUCCCACGCCAUUAUACGACGAUUCGGGAGUUUCCAGCCGCGCAUCCUCAUCCUUUGGACAGCAUUCACCGGAUUACCACCAGGUCGGAGAGUAUGGAGCAUCCUACCUGCCAACCCCCGAGCCCUCCGAACAAUGGACAUCAGUCUUACCUUGCUCCAACGUUUCAAGCCCAGCAUCAUCCGGAACCGCGGAAGAAUACGGCUACAUCCCGACCAGCGUGCCCUCCAGACUCGAAGGACUUCCUCCGACAUCCCGUGUUGGCAGCGCCGACAUGAAAUACGAGGAUAUGGACAAUGAAAACGGCUACCCGCGGGCGAACCCGGUGCAGCUGCCUCCGACCUACAUGCACCAGCAGUCAUGGAACAUGUACCCCGUCUACUACCCUCAGUCUCCGGCUCUCUGAAACCUACCACCACUCCAGGCCCGGCCUCGCCGGGUCGGGCUUCUGUCUGCAACCUCCCUCGGGCGAGUUCCCACUUUCUCGCCCCAGCACGACAGCGGCCCAAAAACUCCACCCGGCAACCAACGCCGAGGCGAGCCCACGCCCACGGACGAUCACGGCUUUUUUUUCCUCCUCCGACAUGAGGGAAGAAGAGAAGAAAAAUCAACGCUGCAAAGGAACCUUGCCAAGGCUGCUGGACCCAAUCUGGUAACCCGGCAGGCAUCGAUCUGUCGGUUGUGGUGGCGAAAGCGUGCUUGCACGUCAUUGGCGCGAUCUAAGCCAGUCCGUUCAUUGGAGCAGAAUGGAGUUUGUUGUUGGGUGGGCGAUGCAAGUGGCGGCCAGAGACAUUGGACCGAGCACCGAAAAAAAGAAAAGGAAAAAAAAAGAAGAAGCAGCAUCACCGCCGCCCGCCUGCUGCCGCCCCACGCGCCGCAUCCCACCACCAAAAAAACCACCGCCCCCCGGACCGACACGCUUCCAGAUGCGGGAGAAAACAGAAUGAGAAAAAAGUGGCUUCAUCCUAUAUCGCCUCUCGCUCAAAGUCUUGCAGUCCCUCUACUUUUUUUUUUUCAUUUUGCUUUCUGGAAGGACUGCAUUCCGAUCAUUCUGCCGCAGACAACAACAAAAAAAAGGUCCAUCCGACCCGAAGCGCCAUCAACAGUCUCAAGGCGCCUCUUUGGUCACUCGCUGAUCUCCCUCCCCUCGCCAAGAAGAACUAAAAGGGUAACGAAGAAGAAAAGGGAGGUUGCAGCGGAGGAGGCGCUGAGACAAUGCGGCUCCACGCGCACACAGGAUUGCCUCGCACACACACACACACACACACACGCAUCCACUACCACCACUACCAACCACCACAAUCCCCAACCAACCAUCGCGCGCUCGCCAUCACUGCACCCUGUCCGUCAGGCCUGGCCUUGCAUUUGGGUUCGGCCUGCCACGCGCGGACGGUCCCUCCCGCCACGUGGAGUUUUUUUUUUGUUCCCCAGCAUACGAAGGAGCUCCCCUCCUAUGGGAGCUUACACGUUUUCUUAUUUCUAUUCACUUGAUGUUUUAUGCAAUAUCCAUGUUUUACGCAAUAUCAGGUCUUCUUUUAUUAGAUAUAACUGGGAUUCGUCUUUUCUUUUUUUGUUAUCUAUUUUUUACUUCUUGGGCACAAGGCUGGCUGGGAAAAUCCAGUUAUUUUUGGAUGGCAGGAGGGUACAGGCCAUGGGGGCCUGGGCGUUACAACAAAUUCAACCAUGUCAUUUUUGCUCAUCUCUCCGCUUUUAUGCUUGACACUCUGACCUGCUUCGCGCUAUUCUCCUAUCUCUUUUUUUUUUUUGCCUGGGUCUGCAUGGAUGUUGUUGUGGUGUGUGCAAAUGCAAGCCACCAAUCUUGAGCUUCCCGCCCUCCAAUUGGCUUCCCCUCUCGCCGCGCUAGCAUUCUUCCUGCAAUUCUCUUUGGCAAAAGUUGCUAAUUUCGUCCUUGGCCGCAUUUCAUUAUUGUCUCUUUUUCGGCAUCUCGCUUUAGUGUCUGUCGGUGACUCCGGUCCCCCGUCUUCCUCUUGGCAUGUCUGGUUAUUGCCUGUGGGUGAAGGGGGUUUCCAGAAGCCGCCUUUUUGCUUUUUUUUUGUUUGUUUUUUGCUCUCUCCUUCUUUUCACGUGUAUAUGGACUAUAUGCUUCCGUAAUGAUUAGAUGUGGCGCAAAUUUCGAGGGCCGGCGGCGUUCAAGGUUAUGGCUGAAGACGACUCGUUGGGCGAAUGAAACAAAAAAAUAAAAAUAAAAAUAAAAAUAAGGCGCAUUCCAUUUUUUCUCUGCUGAGGACCACAUCCAGCGGACUUAUCUUGCUAGAAAAAGCCCGACUACUACACUUUGAUGUCGCUUCUUUUUGUCCGACAUCAUGUCUCUCUGCGGACACUUGUCCGCCAAUCAACGUG